AUGACGGCUCAGUCGCUGAGGGAAAUAUCUGCUCACAAUUUACGUACCUUUAAACAACAUUAUGUUUCGGAAAUCUCUGGGUCCUUGGGAGAUCUGGGAACCUUCCUGCCCAUCGCUAUUGCACUAGCCGUCAACGGUACCGUCUCCCUAACAAGCACCCUUAUUUUCUCUGGUGUUUACAACAUCCUGACGGGGAUGUAUUUCGGUAUUCCACUCCCAGUCCAGCCGAUGAAGGCGAUCGCUGCAGUGGCUAUCGCUCGCAACUUCUCUAACGGCUCGAUCGCCGCGGCCGGGAUGUUCGUUGGUGCUUGUAUUCUAGUGUUCAGUAUCACAGGUCUUUUGCACUGGUUUGCGAAUGUCAUCCCUAUUCCAGUCAUCAAGGGAAUCCAGGUCGGUGCGGGGUUGUCUUUGGUCAUCUCUGCAUGUGGCAGCAUGCUUGCACCCCUUGGUUGGAUCAGCCCAUCUUGGGCCGAUAAUCGGAUUUGGGCUCUUGUUGCAUUUGUUGCUCUGCUUACCACCCAUGUCUAUCGACGUGUUCCAUAUGCGUUGGCUUUGUUUGCUCUUGGUCUCUCAUUCGCGAUCAUUCGGGCUGCUGUGGUUGGCCAUUUGCCUGCAUUUCAAAUCUGGCAGCCUUUUAUUGUGGUUCCAACGCCUUCCCAAUGGAGAGUUGGUGCCAUUGAUGCUGGUAUCGGACAGAUCCCACUUACCACUCUCAAUUCCAUUGUCGCCGUUGUUCACCUUGCAAAUGACCUGCUACCAAGCGUCCGCACUCCAUCUAUCACUCACAUUGGUCUGAGUGUCGCUGGAAUGAACCUGUUGGGAUGUUGGUUCGGCGCAAUGCCUGUCUGCCAUGGAUCUGGUGGUCUGGCGGCCCAGUAUCGGUUUGGUGCACGGUCGGGUGCGAGUAUCAUCUUCCUUGGCAUACUAAAACUUGUCAUUGGGCUUCUCUUCGGGGAAACCCUUGUCGACUUGUUGAAACGCUUCCCUGCAGCAUUUUUGGGUGUCAUGGUUAUCGCGGCCGGUCUUGAGCUCGUGGGUGUUGGCGAGAGCCUCAACACAUCUGGUGCCCGGGAUAUUGGCCAGGCUGGAAGCGGCAUGUUAGGGAUCGCAGAGCAACACAUUGGCCCUGUACUCACUGAUGAAGAACGCAAACGACGAUGGACAGUGAUGAUGGUCACUGUUGGCUUGCUAGUUGGAUUUAAGAACGAUGCGAUUGGUUUUAUUGCUGGUAUGCUGUGCCAUUCGGCUUAUGAACUUCCAAAAUGGUGGGAGCAAGCCCGGAGCCGGUGGUCGGAGGGUCGACUUCGCCUUGGAUAA